ACACGUUGUGUAAUUCAUUAUGGACAUACGUCAAGAAGCAAAAUUACGGUGAAGCAUUUUCAAAGUUCAGUAUGACCAGUCCAGGACAGAAUCAAGUGUUUGAGCUCUAUUCAAAAUGCGCCAAGUCUCUGAUACUGACUCUUGUAAUCCCUAAGGAUAGGAUUAUGGCUGCAAAAUGGUUGCAGAAGCUCCGCGACAAUAGCUUCGGGUCCCUUAAAACGAGAACGGAUUACUUAAAACUGCUCCUGCUCGCCUUGCAAAGAAGGACACUGACAGGUCCAUUUGCCGUAAACCCGGAAACAUGUCCAUUGCUAGAUUUUCCCGAUUGCCAAAGCUUGCAAGAUGUAGCGAAAGAAUUGCUAGACAUUGAAACAGAAGAAUUGGGCGAAUGCAGUAAAUAUCCCCCCUAUAUGGUUGAAUAUUCAUCGAAUAUGUUGGAGUACGUGUCUUACCAAGAAAUUCCUUUAUUUGGGGCGCAUGUUUAUUAUGCAAUUUCUAAGGAGCCCAUAGGACUAUGGUAUCACGCAAAUAAAGGAGCAGUACCGAGAGAACAGUCUCUCGCUAGUAGACCCACUCUUGCUAUACCUGAUGCAGAAAUCGGAGAACGUCGUGUAAGACCCAUCAAACCAAGAUCUGCAAGAUCGUUAGCGGCCUCUGCAGUUAUUUGUAAAAAUGCAGAGAAAAGUAUCGAAUUUGAGGCAUCCGACGUGAACAUGUUGUGCAGCAGGGAUAUAAGGAAACCCAUAAUAUGGGGUUCCAAUCUUACACGAGUGUCCGACUCACCGUUGCCUCUGAAAAUAACCAGGAUGCAUUACCCUGAAAAUCUUUGUUGCCCUGGACUUUCGAAACUAAUGGAAGAAACGUGUUCUGAUAGUUCGCAAAGUUCAUGUCGGCAACGUCGACCACCGGACCCGUGUUCCACAGAAGUCCUCUACGCGAGACCAGGAAGUGCCCCAUGCCCCAAGCAUCACAGUUGUCCUAGACAAUCGAAACCGUCCAGAUGUUCCGAAAAAAGACCUUCGACGCAAGGGGGAUGUUGCUCGUCAAAGGGUCACAAGAGUUGUAAAGAAGGUUCUGAAAACAAAUCUUCCUUCUUUAAUUUAUUUUCGCGAAAUUCCACUUGUGGUAGCAAACUGGAUGACGGAUGUGGUUCAAAGUCUUUCAUAAGAAGCGGUUUGAAAUCGUAUCAGUUACCGGGCCUUCCUGGGUUAACCCAUCCGCCCAGAUUAACAUUUGAAAAUCCCCUGAGCAAUGUUCGUAAAUCAGUAUCAGUUGAAAGCUAUUCAACUCCCACUUCUGUUCAGGAACCGCCACAGGAUACUUGCGAUCGUCGCAAAGAUCGGCUGCAACGAGAACGUUCUGAAAGUGGCGAAGAUAAAAUCAGCUCGACCCUUAGGUACUGGAAAUAAUCUGACCCAAUCAAGAUGUGCAACUUUAUAAAAAAAUUACAGUAGUCAUCGUUUCUGCUGUGUCAAAUAAUUAAUAAAUACUCUCCAUUUGCAUCCUUUUUUGGUGUAUUGUAA